AUGGCUUGGACAGUCGGAGAGCACAUUCUGCACUGGCUCAUGGUCCUCGUGUCUGGGCUGCUCUUGGCUCUUUUUAGACUGAUCUCACCCGGGAGCUCGAGCGGACCUAAACAUAUCUGUCCUAUCAGAAACCCACUGCUUACUCUGUCUGCAGUGCGACUGGCUCAGAAGAUCCGUAAAAGAGAGGUUACUAGUGUGGAUGUUGUCCAGGCCUACAUUGACAGGAUACAGGAAGUAAACCCACUGCUCAAUGCUAUGGUCAAAGACAGGUUUGCAUCUGCUCUUUUGGAGGCUGCUCAUGCAGAUAAACUAAUAGAGGAGAAUGGAGAAGGUCUGAUGGAUCGAUUUCCUCUGCUGGGUGUUCCAUUAUCUGUCAAAGAGGCCUUUGCACUCCAAGGUAUGCCCAACUCCACUGGGCUGAUAUCACAGGCUGAUAUCCUUGCAAGUGUGGAUGCCCCUACUGUGGCUCUGUUGAAGAGAGCUGGAGCAAUUCCGCUAGGUGUCACCAACACCAGUGAGCUUUGCAUGUGGAUGUAGUCCAGCAACCACCUUUAUGGCAUUACCAACAACCGCUAUGACAUUGAGAGGAUGUGCGGGGGAAGUUCAGGUGGAGAGGGCAGUAUCCUAGGCAGUGGUGCAUCUGUGAUCGGUAUCGGCUCUGAUAUUGGAGGAAGUAUCCGUAUGCCAUGUUUUUUCAAUGGGAUAUUUGGACACAAAACCACACCAGGUGUGGUAUCAAAUGACGGUCAGUUUCCCACAUGUUCUGGUCUCCAAGGAGACUACCUGUGCACUGGUCCAAUGUGCCGCUAUGCUGAAGAUCUUCUCCCUCUUCUGAAGAUAAUGGCUGGACACAGUGCAGACAAGCUCUCCCUCUCAAAAAAGGUGGAUCUGAAGAAAUUGCGUUUCUUCACCAUAGUAGAUGAUGGCAGAUCUCCUUUGACAUUGCCAGUAGACAAACAGCUCACUGAAGUUCAAAAGAGGGUGGUUGCAAGUUUAGAGGCUGAUCUGGGAGUAACGGUAAAGGAAAUUAGACUUCCUCAGCUCAAAUACUCUUUUCAGAUCUGGGACACAUUCAUGGCGCUUCCUGACAGAGAUGGCAAGCCUCCACAACCUUUUGCUGAGCUGAUGGCAGAUGGAGACUCUGUUUGGCCCAUGUGGGAGCUUAUAAAGUGGACUUUUGGAAGAUCUAAACACACACUGGCUGCUAUUGGUCUGGCUCUGUCAGAGAGCACUCGCAGCUCUGUGCCUUCUCAGUUCAUCUUAAAGCAGAAGGAGGAACUGCAGAGAGAGAUGGAAGAACUUCUGGAGACAGAUGGAGUGCUGCUUUACCCCUCACAUCCUCUUCUCGCCUGUAAACACCAUCAUCCCCUCUUUACUCCUUUUAACUUUGCUUACACAGGAAUCCUGAACAUCCUGGGACUGCCAGUGACCCAGUGUCCAUUGGGGUUGAGUAAGGAACGAUUGCCCUUGGGGGUGCAGGUGGUCACAGGGAAGUUUCAAGAUCGUCUGACCUUGGCUGUGGCACUCUACCUGGAAAAGGCCUUUGGAGGCUGGAGAGAUCCUGGAGUGGUUUGA